CUAUCCACUCCGAAUAACUUUUGGUUUUUCCGUCUUAACACUUCACAACACUUCAUUCAUUUCUAAAACCUUUUGUUGCUUUCUGCUUAAUGGAAGGAACUUAAUCUUCUCUCUCUUUCUCACUCUUUUGUUUAAGCAUUUUUCUGCGAACUUCUCAAUAAUCGAUUUUCUCUACUUGUUCUGAUCUCUACCAAACAUUCCUUAGAUUGUGUAUUGAACUGUGGUUUUAAAGUUUGUUAGUGUGAUGUCUCCGGCUGUGGUUGUUACGGAGGAGGAAGGGCGGAGCAAACUGUCAUCGACGGUGGUUUCUGCGUCUGCACAAUCCUUAGACCGAUUCUCUCAGAAUGGUGUUGUUGAUUUGAAAGAACGGAAUUACCUGGGGUUGUCUGAUUGUUCAUCAGUGGACAGUUGUGAUUCAACUCUCCCAAGCUUGUGUGGUGAGAAAAAGGGGAAUUUGAAUUUGAAGGCUACUGAGUUGAGGUUGGGUCUUCCUGGAUCUCAAUCACCUGAAAGGGAUUCAGAUUUUUACUCAACGAAGCUUGAUGAGAAACCACUGUUCCCUUUGCUUCCUGCAAAAGAUGGAAUGCAGAAAACUGUUGUUUCGGGCAACAAGAGAGGGUUUGCUGAUACCGUGGAUGGGUUUUCUCAGGGGAAGUUUAAUGUUAGUACAGGGAUUAACGUGAUGCUGUCGCCUAGACCUGUUGGAGCACAGCCUAACACAGUGAAAGAAAUACCAAGUAAGGUGUUGCAGGAAAGGCCUUGUGCCGCUAGAGGAACUGGACUUAAUCAUGCAGGUGCUGCAUCUAUCGGUGCACAGGCACCAGCUUCUAAGGCACAAGUUGUUGGUUGGCCUCCUAUAAGAUCAUUUAGGAAAAACUCCAUGGCCACUGCUUCCAAGAACAACAACGAUGAAGUGGAUGGAAAACCAGGUCCCACUGCACUCUUUGUGAAGGUCAGUAUGGAUGGUGCUCCCUAUCUUAGGAAGGUUGAUCUAAGAACUUAUACAGCAUAUCAGGAACUAUCCUCUGCCCUUGAGAAGAUGUUCAGCUGUUUUACCCUAGGUCAGUGUGGUUCCCACGGAGCUCCAGGAAGAGAAAUGUUGAGUGAGAGCAAGCUAAGGGACCUUUUGCAUGGUUCAGAAUAUGUUCUCACCUAUGAAGAUAAAGAUGGAGACUGGAUGCUUGUAGGGGAUGUACCAUGGGAGAUAUCGGGCCUUGGAUUGGAGGACACAUGUGCAUGCUCUUCUAAAUCACCGGAAUGUUCAUUGAUACUUGCAGAAGGCUGAAAAUCAUGAAGGGUUCUGAUGCCAUUGGCUUAGCUCCAAGGGCCGUGGAAAAGUCCAAAAGCAGGAAUUAGAGGGUGCCUGGGCCUACCUUUGUCCAACCUACUUUUACUGCAUGAACCAAGGACUGUAAAAAGCAAAGGAUUAUGACUAAUUCCCUGGCAUUAGCAGUUAAACGGAUUUCAAGUGUUAUUUAUUGUUACGCCCCUGAAAAGUUUGUUAUAUUUGUUACCACUAUAAUAUCUUGUGAAAUUGCCUUCUAAUAUUAGUUUUUGUGGAGUUUGUAUCAUUAUAGGGAAACCUGUUUGUUUGGAAGAAUUGAACGUCUGUUACAUGUUACACAGCCAACUUUGCUACUAACAUUGUUCGGACUCCACCUCUUCUCUUCUUCCUAAUCAUGAACAACAUUUUUUCGUGUGCA